AUGGACACAGACGAUGUUAAAAACAUUGUAAAAUUGGCCAACGGUUUUAGAUCAAAGGUAGCUGUUGGCAAAAUGGCACCUAAGCUGCCGAAAGCAUCACAGAUGCAGGCUUUGGCCAUUUCGAGCGAAGCGAUUGAUGACUCGCUUAAGAAGAGGAUCAGCCUUAGUCUGCUGGCGAAUUUUGCCAGCUGUGACAGGGAGCAAUCGCGUAGCAUGCGAGAGAACUUGCUGGACUUCUGCUUCAAUCGUUUCGGUUGCGGCGAUGGCAACUUCUUCAUCAGGCGAUUCCUUGGCUCGCUUUGA